AUGGUUAGCUUUCAAUGUGACGGUUGCAGCGAUGUAGUAAAGAAGCCUAAGCUUAACCAGCAUGGCCAGAGAUGCCGUGCAACAUUUACCUGCAUUGAUUGUUCCACUACUUUUAUGGGCUAUGAUUAUCAAUCUCACACCUCUUGCAUCACCGAAGCAGAAAAGUAUCAAAAGGCUCUCUACAAAGGAAAGAAGGCUGUACCCCAAAAAGCUGCUACUCCUAAAUCCACCCCUGCUGCUGUCACAAAGCCAGUUUCACUUGUUGAACAAUUAAAGCAGAAGAAGGCAGAAUCCGAGGAGCCUUCUGAAGAAACCAAAAAGCGCAAAUCAUCAGACGAAUUAAAAGAUGCAGCAAAGAAGCAAAAAUCGACUGAAUGGAGCUUAACCGAAAUCAGCAGCGACAUGGCUGAGAACAUGGAAUUUGCCUUGAAACAUGUCUUGAAGGAGAACUCUUUAUCACUCAAUGAUGCCCGUAAAAAAGCAUUAGAGCUGAUUGAGAACCACCCAAAAUCAUCAUUGAGCAAGUCCGAGAAGAAGGAUCUCAAAAAGCAGUUUGAUAAGUCUCUUCAAAUUACUUUGGAAAACAACACUCUUACACUGAAGAGAAAACUAUCUUGGAAUCCUUAA